AGAGCAUAUAAAAACAUGACAUAAUUCUCUCAGGAACAAUUUGCAUAGAUAAUUGAUGCCACAUUUUUCUACCUGGAAAAUGAGUAGUCAUGGUGUGCCUGCUGUUAUCUUUUUAGGUUAUCCAUUUUUUUUAACGAAAUUCAGUCCUUUCAGCCACCAUCAUUCACAAUUGGAUGCUUCAACCCCCACCACAAACCGCAAUUACUAAUAUUCAGUCAUGGCUGACAAAAGAAAUUCUAAAAAUGAAGACGACGGAAAGAGAAAGUCUGGAGAAAAAGAGCCUCCACGCCCCCCAAAUCCCGACCAGAAUGUACCCCCCAAAUCUGACGCAAAACGCUCCUCCGACGAUAAGAAGAAGGAGCCAAAGCGCGUCUCCCUUGAAGAACCUGCCUCCACCAAAAACUCGGACGAGUCCGAAAGCGCUGUGGGCGCAGGUGGCACGCUGACCACGAUUACCACCACGCGACACCACCACCAUCACCGCAGUCAUCACAAACAUCACCGUCACGGUGGUGGCCUCACUACCGAAACGGUAACGAAAAAGCCUGUCGAAAAUAUUGUCGCCACGAUGUCGCCACCUCCUCCGCCACCUCCAGCCAUCCCUAAAUUAUUGAGGCAUCCCACCGAUAAGCCUGAAUCAGUUAAGGCGACCGAUUCAAAAAGACCACGACGUCAAAAACCCGGACAACUUCCGGUUGCUCCCGGUAAAACAGUAUUAUCCGACGAUGACCAGUCCGAAGUUGACUCACUGGCAGAACCGGCAUCGUCCGAGUCUGGAUUUUUGACCUCGUUUCGCCGAGCUUCGACCCGGGUUAUAAACGCGCUGGGAAUUUUGGAGAGUAAAACGGACGAAAUAUUAAUGGAGGAGGAGCAGAAGGACAAAACGGAUUCCGUGGAAGAUAUCGGACUUCCGUUUCUACUCUUGGAUAAGUCUACAAUGAAAAUGCUGAACGAUGAUGACGAAGAUGUCCAAAUAGCGGCAGACUUAUCCGAAGUUUUGGCCCAUUACAAGGGAGAAUUUUCCCAAGAGGAAAAGGCCGCAGAUCCCGAUAACCUUCCAGACGUUGGGUACGAGGACAUUGUGAAGAUGUUGAAGAGUCAAGGCAUCCCGAUCCCGACGGACAGUGACUUUUCCAAACUGGAGUCCAGCUAUAGUCAAAAGUGGGACCCGGAUGGGACCGUGGUCGAGUAUUAUAGUCCCGUGUUGCGUUCCUUCAUCCCGAUAAAUAUGAGGGGAAGGUAUAGAGGAUGUUGGUUGGAGGAUCAUUGCGUUCAAGGUUUAGAUAUCAGCAAGAUUAAACCAAAACCGGACGCAUUGGAAGGGUUCGUGGAUCAGGGGAGGACAGUAAAUAUUGAUGAAAAGUAUCAAGAAAUGUUUGACGUGGCGGAUGAUGGAGCUCACCUCGAUUAUUUGAUUGAAAUGCAAAAAUGCCAAGCUGAAACGUUACCGAUUCCGAUAAUGUAUGACGUCGUCAACUUUGGUGUGGACGUGCUUAAAGAAAAUUUAGAAUACUUGGUCCACCAUGAAGCGAUCCCACCUACCAGUCGAAUUUACCAAACGACCGAGAACCACUUGCUAAAUAUGCGAAAAAAGGUACAAAUUUACGCGAGCCUGGGUUUAGAGCCGAUCAGCAGUGACCGGACGGACUACGGGAUGGAGAAAGUUUCCCCCAUGUGGCGCCUCACGAGGGACGAGAUCAUCGCAAUCCUUCUCGAAAAACGACACGAACCCGACGAUUUUGACGAAAAGGUGAAAAUCGUGGCGGAAAUGUAUGCCGAGGAGGAAAAGAGGACGGGAAAAAAGUUGGUCGUAGAAGAUGGCGACAACGACGAGGAGAACACUGCCUACGCCCAAGAUUCGACCACCCACAAGAAAAAGGAACAACGAGAUGGUGGCGGUGGUGGUGGUGCAGAUUUAUUACCGAAAAAUGACGGCCUAAGUCCAAGUGGGGCAGGAAUUUCGGAAAAAUCAACCUCUACGAAAUUACCAAAGAGCAAAAAGAAGCUUGUUGCUGGCGGUGGAUUGGCAAAAGGUGCAAAUUCGGUGAAAAAAUGACGGAGAAAGUUAAUCAAGAAGGAGAAGAAAAAUAACUUGUUUAUCUUGAGUUAUAAUUGAGGUUUUCGUUGUUUUUACAAAAAAUCAGUGUAUUUUUAUUGUCCUCAAUAAUAUUUUUUGUUAUUCUAAGAUAAUUCUGGUGUAAUUUGUAUACUUGAAAUAAAUUCAUUUCAGUUACUUUCACCUUA